AUGAUCCAAAGUCCAAAUGGAGACACGCGUGGUACUUCACAAUGUGAAGGCGCCCACGGAGGCUCCCGCACCGCGGGCUCCCAGGAAGGAGCCCCGGGGGGCUCUAGGGCACAGGCUGCCCGCCGGUUCGCCAGUAAGGCGGUGGGCGAGGCGACGUUGUCAACCCCGAGGCAGCCUGACGAUAGGGCUGUUAAACUGUUGGGAAGAAAUAUUCCCUCAAUUCUGCAGAUGACUAAAGGAACAGAUCCAAAGAUAAGCAGAAGACUUUGCAUUAAACCCCAGGAAGAAGGUCAACUUCAGCCAAGAAGUCGGCCUCCUUUGAGGGUGCCUGGACACAAGCCUACAGACUGGGAGAAAAGAUUUUUGUUGUGGGCAGGCCAUUUCAAAAAAACAGAAGAUAUACCAGAGACUGUCUCGAUUGAAACAAUCAGAGCAGCAAAGACCACACUGCGUGUGAAGUUCAGCUACGUAAUGAUUGUCUUGACAAUAGCGGGAUGCAUAGCCAUGGUGAUUAAAGGGAAGCAGGCUGUGAAAAGGCAUCAAUCUCUCGCAAGCAUAAACUUUGAGAAGAAAGCUCAGUGGAAGGAGGAAGCUACUCAGAGUACAUCUGCUAAACCUUAGAGGAAGACAUGAAGAGACCAAGGACUGGGGAAGAAAACCUGAGUCCUUUUCAAGCACUGUAAGGAUGAUAUAGUGACAUCUGUCCUGUACAUUAGUUCUGUACUCUCACGUUCAAGAAUGAAUACAGGAUCUUGUAAUCAAUAA